UUGGUGACGCUUUUGAGAAGAGUCUUAGGCGCCAUUAAACAAUGCUUAUGCAUGAUGCAACAUUUAAAACAAGUAUCAAAAUAACUGAAGAAAUCUCAUAUUUCAAAGUUCAUUUAGUUACAUUGAUUUAUCCGACAAGUGCCUUUUUCACAUACUAUCAUUGAAUUUACUGUUGUUUCAUAAGUUUAAAUAUAAAAUCUUUCUAAUUGUUUACUAAAUCUUGUAUUUCCUUGUAUUCUGUUUCGCCAUGACUGAUCUAAAUGGGUCUUCUAAUCAAACUUUGGAAGUUUCCGAGUCUGCUGAUGAAUUGACGAUCAUAAAUAGAUCAAAGACUUACCAUGUCUCCAAAAAGUUCAUUUGUUCAUCGAUACCAUAUUUUGAGAAAAUGUUUUGCUGUGAUUUGUUGGAAGCGAAAGAAAACACAGUUCAAUUGGAUCUUGAUGAACACAGUUUUACUUGUAUACUUAAUUGGAUUCAAUCUGACUCUCUUCAAAUUAAGAUGGAAAACAUUAUUGCCUUGUUUGAUGUAGCCGAUUAUUUAAUGUUGAACGAUCUAUCAAAUGAUUGUUACUCUUAUUUUCAUGCAAAUUUCACCAUUGAACAUCUUCCCAUUAUUAUUCCUCAAGUGACUAAAACAUCUAAACUGAUCAACUCUGGUGCUUUAAACACAUUCAUCUGUCGUCAUUUUUUGAAAAUUGUUAAAACUUCUAAAUUUCUGAAUUUUCCAGUUGAAACAGUAGAGUACAUCUGCAAAUUAGACUUGAUGAUUUCUUCAGAAUACCAAGUUCUUGAGGCAAUUAAUGAUUGGAUUAAAGUUAAAGCUGAUGACAGAAAAAAAUAUCUUCUUCGAUUAUUAAAAUGUAUUCGUUGGUGUUAUGCUGAAACCGAUAUUUCAUCUAAAAUUAUGGAAGUUCCUUAUAUCGCAACAAUUCAAGAUAUUAAAGAAAUUUUGUGUUCUCCUGGUAAUUGUAAACUUAAGUGCACUUCCAAACGCUCUGAUCAAUGUUUGUUGGUGUCCAUUCAGAAAAUUGAUGACAUGGUUCUUAGUUUAAGAGUUCUGCAGUCACAAUCUUGGUUACCUGUUGGUAUUUUUAAUUUAGAUGAUUCUAUGUCACUAGAAUUGGUUCAUGGAGAGAACAUAUCAGAUGUUUUAUAUGAUUGCGGGACCAAAGGAGUGCGAAUUGAUUGGGAAAGCAAGAAAUUCUGUUGGCUCAAUUUUGAAAGUGACAAAUCAUAUUAUCUACAGAUUAAUAAACUGAUUGUCUGUAGCCAGAUUGCAUCAAGCAAGAUAUGCUACGUGGAAAAUAGUCGCGAAGAAUUUGCUGAUCCAUUCAUUGAACUUUUUCGUCUACACUCACUUCCAAAAAACAAUCCUACUCUUUUCCCCAAUCGUGGAUCGCGUGACAGGGAUGACGCCGCGCCUGGUAGGGAACAACCUAAUAGGGAAGAGCCUGCUGGGGAACAACCUGGCAGGGACGACCUUGAGAUAGUCUGGGGCGAUGAGCCUAGGAAUAACCGUCGUAUGGGCUUCGCUGAACGAGCUUCAUAUUUUUCUAACUUAGCUUGGGAUCUAUUUGAUCCUAACAAUGCAAGACGAAUUGAGUCUAUCAAUUUUUCUGCUGGUCAAUUCUAUCCAACCAUCCGCUUCAACCGUCGAUCUUCAACUCGUCAAGUCACAGCUUCUGUCACUGCAAAAGAUGAUGGGAGACUGCUGCUCGAGUCUGAAGGUAAAUAUAUUGUGGUUGGAAAAAGUAACGUUGAAAAGUUUUACGCUCUUUUUCCCGUUCGUAAUCAUGAAUGGUUUAAGGUAAAAAAUUAUGUCAAUUAUGAUGAAAGAUCUUUUAUCGCUACAGUUUUAGGGCCCAAUAUUUUUAUUUUGACAACGAAACUGAAAUUUAUUCAAUUUAAUUAUAAAACCCAAGCAUUUAAAAAGACUGCACCAUUCAAAGGUAGCGAAUUGAAAUUUUUGGAUUUAAUCAUCACUUCUCGUCAAGACAACGAUAAUAAAAUAGUUUUGAUCGAUAAAUCGUGUGGAAAAAUCCACAUUUUCAACAUUGACAGUCAAACCUGGACUGAAACUAGCAUCAGUAAUCGUGCGCCGAAACAAAAUGAUCCAAAGGAUUGCAUUAUGACGGCAACCUCAGUCUUUUUGCCAUUAAACAAAACCAAAAAUUACUUUAGACGAAAUAUAGUUUAUUAGAUUAUUUGAUCUUCAGAUGUGUCGUUAAAAUUAGUUUCAAUUUUGUAUUCUUUUUUUAAAUUUUUGCAUUCAAUAAAAUUUGCGUUUCUCAAU